AUGUUUGGUAUACUGCUAUUACUUGUUGUUGUUGUAGUAGUUGUUGUGUUGUUCAUGUUCAUGUUCAUGUUCGUGGUUGUAUUGUUGUUGUCCUCACUGCCACCACUUGUACUAUUGGCCAAUGAAGUUGCAAUGAGUAGAUCAGUCAGACGCCUUGGCAGUGGAGGUGUUGUGCCAUUGCGCUGA